AUGGUGUCCAAUGGUCAGGCCAAUGGCCAUGUUUCUCAGGCGUCUUUGAAGGUGGGUUUCUCGUCCCGAAACGGCAAUACCCCAACAUAUCCCAGCAACUGCCUCGAAUUCCUAAAUGAACCAUUGGCAGGCGAAAAAACAAUCACUGCAAAGGUCCCCCUGAAUAUUAUCGUCGUCGGCGCCGGACUCGGCGGACUAGCAACAGCCAUUGCGCUCGCAAGUUCCGGACACACCGUGACUGUCUAUGAGCAAGCACAGAAGCUCGGAGAAGUCGGCGCUGGUAUCCAAAUCCCAUCCAACUCAACUCGCCUCCUGAGCAGACUCGGCCUAGACCCGUACCUAAAAGAGUAUGUGACCGAGCCCGAGUCCAUUUCUUUCCGACGCUGGCAGUCAGGAAAUGUUAUCGGACUUACUCGACUCAUUCCGAACUUCCGAGAACAGUUCGGCGCGCCGUACUAUGUGAUCCACCGCGCGAACUUCCAUUCCGCGCUGCACAAACGUGCCCUGGAUCUGGGUGUCACGGUCAAGGUUGCUUCGCGGGUUGUGGGAUAUAAUAUCCAGGGACCGAGCAUUGUUCUUGGGAAUGGCGAAACUGUUUCGGCUGAUUUGGUCGUUGCUGCAGACGGUGUCAAGUCCAUUGCUCGUGGAACGAUCGAUGAGAGCGGCAAGCCCUCAUUUGAGAAGACUGGGUUCGCAGCCUACCGAGCUACUGUUGAUGUGGAGCUCAUCAAGGAAGACCCAGAACUUUCUUGGCUGUUGGAAAAACCGGCUCUCAAUAUCUGGAUCGGUGAUCAGCGGCACGUAAUGACAUAUACCAUCGGAGCUGGCAAGUCUUUCAACAUGGUUCUUUCGCAUCCAGAUGACAGCGAUCCUUCAACCUGGGAUCAAGCAAAUACUCUCAGUGAUAUGAGACGCGAAUUCCAAGGAUGGGACAGCCGACUCGAGAAAAUUAUCAGCCUCAUUGAAAAAACCAUCAAAUGGCCACUGAUCAGUGGUGUCCCCUUAUCUCGCUGGGUGAACGGCAAGGUGUUGAUACUAGGAGAUGCAGCACACGCAAUGCUACCAUAUAUGUCACAGGGCGCGGCAAUGGCCGUCGAAGACGGCGCAGCACUAGCACGAUCUCUGUCCAAAAUUGAGAAUGCCGAGGAUAUCCCCAAAGCACUGGAAAUUUUCCAGCAGGUUCGUAUUGAACGAGCUGGAAUGAUGCAGGAGGCCAGCCUUCUGAAUGGAAAGCUGUGGCAUUUCGCCGAUGGGCCGCCUCAGGAAGCCCGUGAUGCGGCUAUGAAGCCCGAGACUUUGGGUUUGCCUUUCAGUCAUAGUCCUAAUCAGUGGAGUGACCCGGCGACUCAGAUGUGGUGUUACGGAUAUGAUGCAGAGCAGGAGAUUGAUCGAGCUUGGACGAAGUCGGAACUGUAG